AAAAAAAUAAUAUUUAGAAAAAUGUUUGUGAUUUCAGCAAAUACUAACAGAAUCCAUUAUUCUCAAUCGCGAGGACAGCCAUUGGAUGGUGUUUUCCUAUGGAGGGUUUUAUUCAUCAUGGCCGUUUGCUUGAUCUCAAACACAAACGCACAGAUUCGUUACUCAGUUCCAGAGGAAAUGAAGAAAGGAUCUCUUAUCGGGAAUAUAGCUCAUGAUCUUGGUCUGGAUGCUCAAAGACUGCGCUCGGGUCGGGCUCGUAUCGUGUCUGGCGACAGCACUGAAUACGUAGAGCUGAAAACAGACAAAGGGAUUUUGGUUGUGAAAGAGAGAAUUGACCGAGAGCAGCUUUGCGCUGAAACCACUCCGUGCAGCUUCACAUUUGAAAUAAUACUUGAUAAUCCAAUGGAGCUACAUCACGUUACGGUUGAAAUAUUGGAUGUAAACGAUCACUCACCGACAUUUCCUAAAAAUGAAAUUCACCUUGAAAUAAGUGAAUCAGCCGCGCCUGGGGCUCGUUUCUUACUAGGAAGCGCAGAUGAUCCUGAUGUGGGCGUGAAUGCUCUCCAAAAUUAUGUCUUAUCACCGAAUGAUAAUUUUAUUUUAAAACAGCACGCACGACAAGGCGGUGUCAAAUAUGCUGAAAUGGUGCUUCAGAAACCGUUAGAUAGAGAACAACAUCCACUACUUUCUCUCACUCUUACAGCAAUUGAUGGAGGAAAUCCGCAAAGAUCAGGUAACGUGAAAAUAGCGGUGAAUGUACUAGAUGUAAAUGACAACGCGCCAGUGUUCAACCAGACAGUUUACAGAGCAACAAUAGCAGAACAUUUGCCAAAGGGAACUUACAUAACAACAGUUAAUGCAAGUGAUGCUGACAGCGGUGCUAAUAAAUUAAUUUUUUACAGUUUUACAAAUAUAAAAGUCAUUGGUGAGAUAUUUGAGUUAAAUGAAACCAAUGGUGUUAUAACUCUAAAUGGAGUGCUUGAUUACGAAAAAGCAAAAAAAUACGAAAUUGAUAUCGAAGCAAAGGACCAAGGUGGUUUAGGAGACUCUGCUAAAGUCAUAGUUGAUUUAAUUGAUGUUAAUGAUAAUGCACCAGUUAUCAGUGUUAUGUCAUUUUCAAGUCCAGUUACGGAAGACGCAACUGUUGGAACCACUAUCGCAAUUUUCAGUGUCAAAGAUCUAGAUGCAGGAGACAAUGGACACGUUGACUGUACAACUGAUCGAAACACACCAUUCAAACUUCAGUCUUCACUGCGGAAUUAUUACACUUUAGUGACUGACGCUGCUUUAGAUCGUGAACGUGUGGUCGAAUAUAACAUCACAAUCACAGCUACAGAUUCAGGGUCUCCUGCGCUUUCCAGUCAGAAAACUUUAAAUCUGAAAGUAUCAGAUGUUAAUGACAAUCCGCCCAGGUUUCAUAAGACUGUUUACACUGCAUUUGUUACUGAAAAUAAUUCACCUGGUUUGUCCAUAUUUACUCUGAGUGCUCAAGAUGAUGACUGGAACCAGAACGCUCGUAUUUCGUAUCUUCUAGAUGAAACUACAGUGGGUGGAUCCCCUGUUUCCUCUUUUAUAUCAGUAAAUGCUGACAGUGGAGUGGUACACGCGCUGCGCGGGUUUGACUAUGAGCAAAUGAAAAGUGUUAGUGUCUGUGUGAAAGCACAAGAUGGAGGCUAUCCACCCCUCAGUACUAAUGUGACUUUGGACAUUAUAAUCCAAGAUCAGAAUGACAACGCUCCUCAGGUUCUGUAUCCAGUACAGACUGGCGGUUCAGUGGUGGCUGAGAUUGUGCCUCGUGCUGCAGAUGUUGGAUAUCUCGUCACUAAAGUGGUGGCUGUUGAUGUGGACUCUGGACAGAAUGCCUGGCUCUCCUAUAAACUACAGAAAGCUACAGACAGAGCGCUGUUUGAAGUGGGUUUACAGAAUGGAGAAAUAAGAACUGUGCGACAAGUGACUGAUAAAGAUGCUGUCAAACAGAAACUCACUGUUGUUGUGGAGGAUAACGGACAGCCCUCUCGCUCAGCUGUGGUCUCCAUUAACGUGGCUGUGGCUGACAGUUUUCCUGAAGUGCUGUCAGAGUUCACAGACUUUACGCAUGAAAAACAAUAUAACGACAACCUGACUUUUUAUUUAGUCUUGGCUCUUGCUGUGGUCUCCCUGCUCUUCAUAGUCUCGAUUAUUUCAAUCAUCUCAGUGAAAAUCUACAGAUGGAGGCAGAAUAAGUUAUUUUGUAAAUCAGGGGCAAAUCUACCUGUAAUUCCAUAUUAUCCUCCAGUCUACGCAGACGGCACAUUACAGCAUGUGUAUAAUUAUGAAAUGUGCGGGACCACUGAUUCAAGGAUGAGUGACGUGAAGUUUGUCAGGCCCUACAGUCAGAACACACUGGUGAGCCAGAGUCGUUUGGGGACAGUUCAGAGAGAAAAGAAGGAGCAGGAGGUUGAUGACCUGACUUUAGAGGUGAGACCUUGUUUGAUUUUUUAAAAUCAUCUCAUCUGAA